AUGAGUCAAAAGCACAAACAAAUCAGUGUCGAAUUGAAAUUAGACAUACUAAAACGUUUUAAGUCGGGUGAAAAAGCCACUGACAUCGCAAAACAUCUUAACUUAGCUUCGUCUACUGUAAGGACAAUUUGCAACCGAGAUGCUGACCAAAUCACAAAAUUUGCAAAAACUGCUACCUCACUACAGUCACAACAAGUCAAAGUAAGAAGUCCGCUGUUGAUUAAAAUGGAAGCUCUUCUGUCGGUUUGGAUUGAAAAUGAGAACCAAAGAAAAGUGCCUCUGAGCAAAUUGAUUAUUCAAAAUAAGGCCAUCAGCAUCUUUCAUGAUCUACAGAAUGAUACUCCAUCAACAAGCAGUGGAAGUUCCAAAAAAUUUGAAGCAAGUAACGGUUGGUUCCAAAGCUUUAAAUCUAGGGCAAAUUUGCAUAAUAUCUCUCUAAAAGGAGAAUCGGCUAGCGCUGAUAAGCCAGCUGCGGAAAAAUUUAAGCUUGAACUACAAGCUAUUGUCAAAGAAGGGGGAUAUUCUCGCAAGCAGGUCUUGAAUGUCGAUGAAACUGGCUUGUAUUGGAAGCGGUUGCCUAAAAAAACCUACAUUUCCAAGGCGGAAAAAUCUGCUCCUGGGUAUAAAGCCCCUAAAGAUCGACUUACCCUUCUUCUAGGUGGAAACGCAGAAGGGGAUUUUAAAUUCAAGCCAUUUCUUAUUUACCAGUCUGAGAAUCCAAGAGCCCUUAAAAAUGUGAAUAGAAGUGAUCUUCCGGUUCACUGGCGUGCUAAUAAGAAAGCAUGGAUGACUGCCAUGCUAUUUACAGAUUGGAUUAAAAAUUGCGCUGUUCCCGAACUGAAAGAUUAUUGUUGCUCUCAAAAGAUUGAUUUUAAAAUGCUGUUACUGAUGGACAAUGCUCCAGGACAUCCCAUAUAUUCAGAUGAUAUCUCUGAAAAUAUAAAAAUUGUUCUUAUGCCUCCUAACACCACCUCUAUCAUACAGCCGAUGGAUCAAGGCGUAAUACCCAACUUUAAGUCUUACUAUCUACGGCGAACAUUUUCUCAACUUAUAGAAGCAACUGAUAAAGCAGAUAAAUUAACCAUACCGCAGUUUUGGAAGGAUUACAAUAUCAAGAUGGCUGUCGAAAAUAUUGGUUUUGCAUGGAAAGAAGUUAAAGUGACUUGUAUGAAUGGAAGUUGGGGAAAUAUAUGGCCAGAGUGCUUGCUUAAAAACAAUGUUCCGAUUAACGAUAUACCAACUGUUCGGGAAGAAAUUGCUAAUCUGGCUAGGGAAAAUAAUAUUGAAGGAAUGGGGAUUGAGGAUAUCAACGAACUGUUAAACUUACAGGAUGAAGAGCUCACAAACCAAAUGUUAUUAAAUUUUGGUACUGAACAUACGUUGGAUGAUGAAACUGAUCCGACCGUUAUCCAAACAGAACCAUAA